AUGGAAAACAUACAGUUCCAAGACUACCUCGCCAUCAACCAAAUCGCGUUCGAAUGGGCAGAUAGUAUUGACAAAAAGGACUGGGAUAGACUUCGCAAGAUCCUGGCGGCAAGCCUCUUGGUGGAUUACAGCAUUGUUGGCCAAAAGUCUUUUCCCGAAAUGAGCGCCGAUGAUUUCAUUUCCAUGAUGAGCUCUCCAAGCUUUGUAGGAGACCCCCUUAUUCGCACUCAACACCUUAUUGGUGCCGCAAAUUACGAGUGGAUAUCUGAGACUGAGAUCUCUGCUACUCACCAAGUACGUGCUGCACACCAGCGCUAUUCUGACGCUGAAUUGACAACCGUGUCCGGGCGUGGCCAUGGUCAUGGAAAUGCAAAACAUUGGUACAAAAAGAUCGGUGGUACAUGGAAGCUGGCGGGUGUUCGGCCUGAGAUGUAUUGGGUUGAACACGACCUUGCCACGGUUUUUUCUGAAGAGAGUCCCAAGAAAUAG